AUGACAACAACAAAUCAUCGUCAUUCAAAUAAUCAUCAAGAAACAAGUAAUAGUCAUCAUUCUAAUGAUAAUAAUCAAAUUAACGAUGUUGAAAUUGAUUCAGAAUUAUUAGAAUUAGAAGCUGCUUUAAAUGAUAUUGAAAAAGCUAUGGAUAAAAUUGAAACGCAAAAUUCCAGUAUUCAAACCAAAUUACGUGAUUUACUUGAAUCUAAUAAACAAAUGGCUAAAGAAUUUACUGAUAUACGACGUGGUAUGACAAGUAAAUUUAAAGAAGUAACUCAACAAUUAGAAGAAAUGCCAGGCAUAGCACAUGAUUUAGCUGCUGUUACAUCAAAUACAUUAUUAAAAAUCGAACAGGAUAUGUCAUCAACAAAUGAUAUGAACAAUAUUGAAUAA